ACUGCAUAUCUCAAACUUGAAGGCUGCAGCACCCGGAAUCACAACCAUUGCAGGAGACGCUUCGCCUUCCAUUCGCCACGUGCUAAGACAGUGAAGUAAAACCCACGCCUUCAAUGACCGCAAUCUAAGAGCGUGGUUUCCCGUCACCUGAUUCCAGAGAAACGCUCAAGUGAAAAAUACAUCAAACGCCUGAAAUAUCACCGUCAAUCAGUCGGGUGAACUGUUUCUGGGUAUAGUAGCCAGUAUAUAUGCUUGGUCCAGCCGCGUCCACUACCGCGACCCUCCUCCUUCUCUCUCAGAGUCCAAACACCGUCGUCAUCUGAAAGUUAAAAUCCAAUCUCCUACGCCACUCUCCUGCUUGAAUACUAUGCUUCUAACGGCUACGUAAAUGUACUUGGCCCAUAGACCUCGUCCUAUUGAUUCCUACAAAGAUUUAUCAUCAGAAGAAUUGGUGAUGGACAUUACUCCCCACGUAGACCUGCAGCAGCAGCAGAUGAUUUUGGCCGACAGCGGCGGCGAGGAUCACGAAUUGAGGGCUCCCAAGAAACGGGCCGAAACUUGGGUCCAAGAUGAGACCCGGAGCCUAAUUGCCUUCAGGCGCGAGGUGGAUGCAUUGUUUAACACCUCCAAAUCCAACAAGCAUUUGUGGGAGCAAAUCUCCAGCAAGAUGAGGGAAAAGGGUUUCGACCGUUCCCCGACUAUGUGCACGGACAAGUGGAGGAAUCUGCUCAAGGAAUUCAAGAAAUUGAAGCAGCAGGAUAGAGGAAAUAAUAACUGCAAUAAUAGCGGGAGUGCCUCUUCGGCUAAUAAGAUGUGGUAUUACAAGGAACUGGAGGAGCUGCUCAGAGACAGGGCUAAGAAUGGUUCUUACAAGAGCCCUCCUCCUCCUCCGCCGUCUGCCAAGGUUGAAGCUUAUAUUCAUUUCCCAGAUAAAGGAGGUCUUGAGGAUGGAAGUAUUCCAUUUGGAUCAGUGGAAGAAAAUGGCAGAGCCAGUGUGAACCUUGAAACACCUUUAGAUAAUGAUGGUGACCCUCUUACUAUUACUGCUGCUGAUGCUGUUACAGCCAAUGAAGUUCCUCCUUGGAAUUGGAGGACUAGCCCCGAUGCUGGCAGUGAUGGACACCCUUCCUAUGGUGGAAGGGUUAUAACAGUCAAGUGGGGCGAGUACAGGAGAAGAAUUGGUAUAGACGGAACUGCUGAUGCCAUCAAGGAAGCGAUCAAGUCUGCUUUCAGCUUGCGUACCAAAAGGGCAUUUUGGUUAGAGGAUGAGGACAGCAUUAUUCGGACUAUUGACAGAGACAUGCCUCUGGGAAAUUAUACUCUUCACCUUGAUGAAGGGAUCUCCUUCAAGGUGUGCCUGUACAAUGAGUCUGAUCGAUUGGCUGUUCAUACAGAAGACAAGACACUGUACACUGAAGAUGAUUUCCGUGAUUUCUUGACCCGCCGUGGCUUGAUAGGUUUAAGAGAGAUCGAUGGCUAUAGAUGCUUUAGCAAUAUAGAUGACCUCCGUCCUGGUGCAGUGUACCAGGGGGUGAGACUUUUAGGGGACUAGAAAGUAGGUGGUGGGAAUCACGAAGAUUCUGUUUUAGUGCCAAAAAUGAACUCAGAAUCACAACAUCUCAGUUUUUGUGAUAUACUUUGCUCAUUCACUACUAUUAUAACCGUCUGUAAGUGCAAUUUCUGGCUUCUUAUAAUCUUUGUGCAACGUUUCAAUUA